AUGGCGUCUCGUAAGCGCACGCUCCUGAAGGUCAUCAUCCUCGGCGACUCUGGCGUCGGAAAGACGUCGCUGAUGAACCAGUACGUGAACAGGAAGUUCAGCAAGCAGUACAAGGCGACGAUCGGCGCGGACUUCCUCACGAAGGAGGUACAGGUGGACGACCGACUCGUCACGAUGCAGAUCUGGGACACCGCGGGGCAGGAGCGCUUCCAGUCGCUCGGCGUCGCGUUUUAUCGCGGCGCGGAUUGCUGCGUGCUCACCUACGACGUCAACGCGGGCAAGACGUUCGAGAACAUCGACAACUGGAGGGACGAGUUCCUGAUCCAGGCCAACCCCGCGGACGCGGACAGCUUCCCGUUCGUCGUGUUGGGGAACAAGGUGGACGUGGACGAGGGCAAGGCGAGGGUCGUGAGCGAGAAGAAGGCGAAGAGCUGGUGCGCGGGGAAAGGGAACAUUCCGUAUUUCGAGACGUCCGCGAAGGAGGAUUACAACGUCGAGGCGGCGUUCCAGUGCAUCGCGAGGAACGCGCUGAAGAACGAGACGGAGGAGGAGGUGUACCUGCCGGACACCGUGGACGUGAACGGCCGACGCGGGGCGCAGCAGGCGGGGGGGUGCUGCUGA